AUAUUGAUGAGUGUGAAAGUAACCCCUGUCAAAAUGAUGCAACUUGUGAGGACGGUAUCAACGAGGUUUCUUGUGCAUGUGCUGAAGGCUUUUAUGGCCCUCUCUGCGAAACAGAUAUUGAUGAGUGUGAAAGUAAUCCCUGUCAAAAUGGCGCAACUUGUGUAGACGGUAUCAACGAGGUUUCUUGUGCAUGUGCUGAAGGCUUUACAGGCCCUCUCUGCAAAACAGAUAUUGAUGAGUGUGAAAGUAACCCCUGUCAAAAUGGUGCAACUUGUGAGGACGGUAUCAACGAGGUGUCUUGUGCAUGUGCUGAAGGCUUUACUGGCCCUCUCUGCAAAACAGAUAUUGAUGAGUGUGAAAGUAAUCCCUGUCAAAAUGGCGCAACUUGUGUGGACGGUAUCAACGAGGUUUCUUGUGCAUGUGCUGAAGGCUUUACUGGCCCUCUCUGCAAAACAGAUAUUGAUGAGUGUGAAAGUAACCCCUGUCAAAAUGGCGCAACUUGUGUGGACGGUAUCAACGAGGUUUCUUGUGCAUGUGCUGAAGGCUUUUAUGGCCCUCUCUGCCAAACAGAUAUUGAUGAGUGUGAAAGUAAUCCCUGUCAAAAUGGCGCAACUUGUGAGGACGGUAUCAACGGGGUUUCUUGUGCAUGUGCUGAAGGCUUUACUGGCCCUCUCUGCGAAACAGGUGAGUUUCAUAGGAUUCAGGCGUUAAUGACAGUCAAGAUUUUUACCU